GAGACCCGCCUCCUACCUCUCUUCUCGACUCGAACCUUCUCAGCUCUCUCGAUUCCUCUCCUCCUCCGCCCACCUUCUCCGAGUCUCGACUGUGGCCAGCACCACACCAUAUCCUCUCUCGACCACACCACAGAAAAACCACGCACACACCUGCCGCUAUCUCUCUCUCCGAUUUUCUUUCUUUCGAUCGAGCGACUUUUUAGCCCAAGAAGGGAGCAAUGGAAGAGGUCAAACAUAAAUCUAGGAAGGAGGGGGAAUCCAAGAGGAGUCAUCGAGAUCGGGAUCGUGAAAAGGAGAGAAAUGGAGAGAGGCAUAGGGAUAAAGAUAAAGAUAAGAGAGACCGUGAUAGUCGGCGCUAUGAGAGAGAAAAGAGUUCUGAUUCUGACGAGAGGUAUGAUAGGGAGAAGCAUGGAGACAGGGAUAGUGAUAGGAAGCGCAACCGAGAUGAUGAUAGAGAGAGAACGAGAGACAAAAAGAGGGAUAAAGAUAAAGAGAGGGACAAAGACAAAGAAAAGGAGAAGAGAGAUAGGACUAGAGAGAAGGAAAAGGAAAGGGAAAAAGAAAGGCAAAGAGAAAAAGAAAGAGAAAGGGAAAAAGAAAGACAAAGAGAAAAGGAGAAAGAAAAAGAAAAAGAACGUGAAAGAGAAAGAGAAAGAGAAAGAGAAAAAGAAAAAGAACGAGAAAGAGAGAGGGAGAGAAGGGAACGAGAAAGAGAGAUAGAAGAUAAGAGGGAGAGAGAGAGGGAGAGGGAAAAAGAUAGAGAUCGGGAGAGGAGGGUGCGGGAGAGGGAGAGGCGCAGGGACAUUGAUGCUGAUGAUACUGAUGAUGAUGGUAGGGAGCGUGAUAGGAAGCGACCUAGGAAAGAUAACAAUGACUACAAGGAGAGGGAGAGGGAAAGGAGUAGCAGCAGGUCAAAAAGACAUAGGGAUGAUGGAGAUGGGAGCCCCAGAAAGAAGUCUGAUGAAGGUGAUUCAUCUGAGGAAGAACAACCAACCCGUGAGGAGGAGCUGGAGGAUGAACAACGGAAAUUGGAUGAGGAAAUGGAAAAGCGGAGAAGGAGAGUUCAGGAGUGGCAAGAGUUAAAAAGAAAGAAGGAAGAAACCGAGAGAGAGAAGAAUGGGGAAGGGGAUGCUGAUGAACCUAAGUCAGGAAAGGCCUGGACUCUUGAAGAAGAAUCUGAUGAUGAAGAAGUACCUUCCUUAGAGAAAUCAGAGACAGGUAUAGAUGUUGAUGACGAAGACAAUCAUACUGACAGAAAAGUUGGAGAUGCUAUGGCGGUAGUUUCUGAAGAUGAAACAGCCGCACCCACUUUGCACAAUGGGGCCGAUGAUGCUGCUGAUGAUGAGGAAGUUGAUCCUUUAGAUGCUUUUAUGAAUUCUAUGGUAUUGCCUGAAGUUGAGAAGCUGACCAAUGCAGUGGAACCGUCAAUUGUUGAUGAAAAGAACAAGGAUAAGAAGGAUGGUCGAAACAACGGUGAACAACCAAGGAGAGGUUCAAAUAAAUCGAUGGGCAGAAUAAUUCCUGGGGAGGAUUCUGACUCAGAUUAUGGGGACUUGGAGAAUGAUGAUGAUCCCGUAGAAGAUGAAGGUGAUGAUGAGUUCAUAAAAAGGGUGAAAAAGACAACUGAGAAGCUCGCUGUAGUUGAUCACUCAAAGAUAGAUUAUGAUCCAUUUCGUAAAAAUUUCUAUAUUGAAGUGAAGGAGAUCUCAAGAAUGACCCCAGAAGAGGUGGGGGUGUAUCGGAAACAAUUGGAAUUGAAGAUCCAUGGUAAAGAUGUGCCCAAGCCCAUCAAGACCUGGCACCAAACUGGACUUACAAGUAAAAUCUUGGAAACAAUAAAAAAGCUUAACUAUGAAAAGCCAAUGCCAAUUCAGGCUCAGGCAGUGCCUAUAAUUAUGAGUGGUCGAGACUGCAUUGGCAUUGCGAAGACUGGGUCAGGCAAAACCCUUGCAUUUGUGCUGCCAAUGCUGAGGCAUAUCAAGGACCAGCCACCUGUGGUAGCUGGAGAUGGGCCUAUUGGGCUUAUAAUGGCACCAACGAGGGAGCUUGUUCAGCAAAUUCACGGUGAUAUUAAAAAGUUUACAAAGGUACUUGGUCUCAGGUGUGUGCCUGUAUACGGAGGUUCUGGUGUUGCCCAACAGAUUAGUGAAUUGAAGCGGGGGGCCGAAAUUGUCGUCUGUACCCCUGGUAGGAUGAUUGACAUACUGUGCACAAGUGGGGGGAAAAUAACAAAUCUGCGUAGAGUUACUUAUUUGGUUGUGGAUGAAGCUGAUCGAAUGUUUGACAUGGGCUUUGAACCGCAAAUCACCCGAAUUGUACAAAAUAUCCGGCCUGAUCGUCAAACUGUUUUGUUUUCUGCCACCUUCCCUCGCCAGGUUGAAGUCUUGGCACGCAAAGUCUUAAACAGACCUGUGGAAAUACAAGUUGGUGGAAGGAGUGUUGUGAAUAAGGACAUAACACAAUUAGUUGAAGUGAGGAUGGAAAAUGAAAGGUUCUUGAGAUUGUUAGAGCUGCUUGGGGAAUGGUAUGAGAAAGGAAAAAUUUUGAUAUUUGUUGAGUCACAGAACAAAUGCGAUGCUUUGUUCAGGGAUCUGCUUAGGCAUGGGUAUCCUUGUCUCUCACUUCAUGGGGGCAAAGAUCAGACAGAUCGUGAGUCCACCAUAACUGACUUUAAGAGCAAUGUUUGUAAUUUGUUGGUUGCAACAAGCGUUGCUGCCAGAGGGUUAGAUGUGAAGGAGCUUGAACUGGUAAUCAAUUAUGACAGUCCAAAUCACUAUGAAGACUAUGUUCACCGUGUUGGCCGAACAGGGCGAGCUGGCCGGAAAGGUUGUGCUAUAACUUUUAUCUCUGGGGAAGAUGCUAGAUAUGCUCCGGAUCUUGUCAAAGCAUUGGAACUCUCUGAGCAAGUUGUUCCAGAUGACCUGAAGUCUCUCGCUGAUAAUUUCACGGCAAAAGUAAAUCAGGGACUUGAGCAAGCUCAUGGGACUGGUUAUGGGGGAAGUGGUUUCAAAUUUAAUGAAGAGGAAGAUGAAGUGAGGAGAGCAGCAAAGAAAGCACAAGCCAAGGAAUAUGGUUUUGAGGAGGACAAGUCAGAUUCAGAAGAUGAAGAUGAUGGUAUUCGAAAGGCAGGGGGUGACAUCUCACAGCAGGCUGCCCUUGCUCAGAUAGCUGCCAUUGCUGCUGCCUCCAAAGCUAGUACGGCUUCAAUGCAGACCCCUGCCUCUGCUGCCCAACUACUUCCAAGCAGUGGACUGCCUGUUUCUCUUCCAGGUGUCCUUGGUCUAGCGUUGCCAGGAACAGCAGCAGUUGCUGCUGGGACUAGUCUGCCUCUCGUGGGCAAUGAUGGGGCUGCUCGGGCAGCAGCUAUUGCAGCUGCAAUGAACUUACAGCAUAACUUGGCAAAGAUUCAAGCUGAUGCAAUGCCUGAACACUAUGAAGCAGAAUUGGAGAUAAAUGAUUUUCCCCAGAAUGCUCGAUGGAAGGUUACCCACAAGGAAACUUUGGGCCCUAUAUCAGAGUGGACUGGGGCUGCCAUUACUACCAGGGGUCAGUAUUUCCCACCAGGCAAGGUUACAGGACCAGGGGAUCGCAAGCUCUACCUGUUUAUCGAGGGCCCUACUGAACAAUCUGUCAAGAGAGCUAAGACAGAAUUAAAACGUGUUUUGGAAGACAUCUCAAAUCAGGCAUUAUCGCUUCCUGGUGGAGCUCAGCAAGGCAGAUAUCAAGUUUUAUAAGUGUUUUGUUUGGAAAUUGCUGGGGACAACUGGUGAGACUUCCUUAAGGUAGCACUGGAUUACAUCUUCAAGGAUGCGUUUCUAGUAAGAUGGUCAUUAUUAUUGUGCUGCAUCCUUUCUGUACCGUUGAAAGGUGGCCUUUAAUUCGGUUCGAUCAGCAUCAGCUGUUGUCAAAAUUGAUUAAGCUUUCGGUGUUGGUGUUUUGCUAUAAUGGGUUACUGAGCUCCUUGCUGAGAUCACUAGUCUUGCGCCCUUUGCUUUGUUGCAGUGUCUGUAGUGCAGACUGCAUUUGAAUUUGUUCAUAUACUUCUUCAUUGUCACGUUCAUUUAAUUUGAUGGGAAUAUGUUUUAAUCAUCCAAAGUGGUGGCUUUGGUUUUGCUUUCUAGUAAGAAUAUUCGUUUUGUUUGCUUUAAAGUCGUUUGAAUUUGCCGGCUGUCUAGUGAGAUGCUCUUAUUCUAAUACACGAAGUUGUUGAGCAACAGUGAAGUUUUGCUGAUGUGUUGUUUGUUUGUUUCAGCUUGGGCCAUCAAGGGAAGAAAAUACAGUGGAAGUGAUCAUUCCUUGUCAUCCAAGGAUACUUGUCGCGAGCGCUUUCAGUUGAUUCCACCACUUCCAUGGGCAUAAAAUCUCGUUGAAAGCAGAGCUCUUCCGUUUGGAGAGCGGUCCUUACCCUAACAGCUGCCUUGGUAGGUUGGAUGGAUGGAUGGAUGGAUGGAUGGAUGGAUAGUGGGAUGGAUGGUUAGGAUUAGAAUAAGCGUAGAAAAUGCGUUAUUGCUGAUAAUGGUAUACAUGCAUGCAGUUUUUGGCCACUUGCUUGAUAGUCGAUACGUAGCAGAAACCAGUAGGGAUAUUUUACAAGAUUUUUUCGUUUUGCGUCCUCAGUCGUUUGUAUUUGGCAAAUUUGAUUGCUGAAUAUAAGGCCGCCGACAGAGCAUUUUGUCUGAUUAUCUAUAUGUUCAAAUGAUUACUUUGGUUUUCUGUC